AUGUCAACAAUGGAACCAGCAGCUCAGGCAAUGCGCCCCCCGCGGUAUCCCAACGAAGGCCCUCUCCAAGAAAGGUCUACCGAGAACGACGUAGCAGCGCUCAGGCUAGCAAGGCUUGCAUUGCAUGGCCUGGUCGACCAGCACGUCAAGGAUGCUGCCCGUCGCAAUUCACCAAGACAGAGAGCCGAGAGCAACUCCUGCGAAGCAGUCCCUACCAUAAGCCUCGCCACUCAGGCCUCGCCCGAGCUCCGUGAGCAAGCAGCCCCAGAGAGCAUCGACAUGGCCACGCCGAGAUCGGAUGGGCACCUAUUUGGUGAUAUUCCAGACUUCAUGCUGCCUCUGAAAUCCAUGUACGAUGGAACGGGAGCCUGGCCAAGACACAGAGGUCUGGCAUUUGGUGGGAAACACAACUCGUGGGCAAACAUCGGUUUCCCUGGGGACGAAUCCCUGAUUGUUCCGGACAUAGAGCAAUCGACACACAUUGAUCAUGAGAAGCCCUCCAUCGUUCGUCUCUCCGAAGAUAUCGCAAGUAUCAAGGCCCAAGCUUCCGACGAGAUCACUGAUGGCGGGAAUGUUGAUACCCAGACUGAGCACAAUCGGACUAUAGAGAGAUUCAGCUUGCACGGUCAAACCGUGUGCAAGGUCAAACUUUCCGACUGCAAGAUCUCUAACAACACGUAUUCGGGAUGUGGCAUCUCUAAAGCGACUGAGACGAUCAUCACGAAGGCAAAUGGUGCGAAACCCACGGUGGCGGUUGUGCAAUGGGUCACCGCACACGUCCUCCUCGCUCGCAGUGGCCAGAUUGGUGGGCGGAGUCAAGACUAUUGGAAGCACGCCCGGAACCUGGCCCAUCAGCAGCUCUACAUCAACCCGGAUCUUGAAGCCGAAGUGCAGCAACAGAUGGAGAAGGACACUACAGGCGACGUUGCGUUCACGGAGAUGUUGGAGAUCGCAAAGCAGGGAAUCAAAGUCAACGCGUUCAACCCAUACCACCAAGCAAAACGCGAUGAGUACGGCGUUUCGAAUGGCGUAUUCUACAGAAUCGAAGACACAGAUAUCGUAAUGGUACUCGAUCAGGAUGACGAGGUAAUCCUCUUCCAGCUGUCGAGCGCCUUCACGAAGCUCCUCACGGAACAGGUUCAGCAGGCUACGGUCCAAGCGCUGGAGACGUACAGCACAUUACACCCCGUUCCCCUGCCCGACAUGACACGUCACGGCCUACACUAUAUGGAGUGGCUGGUUGAACACCCGGAAUUUGACUUCCGUCGCCCAGAAAGCGAUCUGAGGAAGGCAAAAUCCGGGGCCUAUCAUUUUGGCCAUCGUUGCGGCCUCAUUGACCCCCAAGGGAAACACGAACCGAGACUCACCAGGGACCUAGGUUCGCAAUUCCCUGAAGUCGAAACAAACACUGUGAUGAAACACCUAUACCAUCUCCGUUAUGGAGCCCUUGGGGCCUGUACAGAGAUGAUACGCCUUGUUUUCGGGCUCCUUGACCCGAACUUGCUGGAUGACUACACCAAGGUAGCGAAGGAGGUGGGCGGUAUCGUAUAUCAGCAGCCAUUCGUGACUCGCCGAGAAAAUGAAGUCUUCUGCUUACGCGCUAUACUGAUCAACCUCAUGACCUACGAGCACGUCGACAGAAUGGACUGGCAUCACGGCUUCGCCGCCCUUGUGCCCAUGGGCGACUAUCAAGGUGGAGACCUCCUCACUCGGGAACUAGGGCUUCAGAUUGAGAGCCGACCGGGAUGUUUACAGCUUCUCCGCGGAAGAGAACUUCGACAUUCCAUUACAAAAUGGACUGGACGUCGCUUUGUAGUGGUCAGCACUACCCACAACGCCGUCAAGCGGUGGGCUUUUGCGAGGAUGGGAAAGGACGUUCCUGAUGAACCGGCAGAGAUAGACGAUUGCCUGGACAUAGGCCAGGAAGACGUACUGCCAGAGGAUCAGAGACUCAUGUCCGACCGCGAGCGCGUGCCCGAGAGGUACGGGCACUCUGCUGACGACGAUGGAGUUUUGAGCGAAGACGAGGCCUCGAUGAACUCGGGCUCCGAGUGGUCCCUUGGCUCGGAGCUCCGAGGAGAAGGCAACAAGCGCAAGCCUGACGAACCCGUCGACGGAUCAGAAGAGGCAGGCAGGCCGCAGAAAAAACCUACCAGAGUCCACCGGGGAGACUCGUAG